AUGUCAAAACAUAAUUUACCAAGUUCAUUGGGGAUUCUAGUAAAUAAGCAGAUAUUGAAUCCCGAUGCUUUGACAUUGGCUAAAAUUGGAAAAUUUUUUCGCCAAGCUAGUUUGGGGGCGUUGGGUAUAACCACGGCAACUACGAUUAUGAUGUUAACUUGGUCGGAGACUUACAGAGAUCGAUUUACGCUUGUAUGCGCAGGAAUAUUUCGUUCAACGGUGACGUUAGCUACAUGGUACAGAAAUAUAGGAUAUACGUCGGAGGAAUAUAAGUUAGCGCGAAAAGUGGUUCAUCUUCGAGUUGCAAAGAGAUUAUUGAGACUUUGUAGACUUCACACUGGAAUUUAUGUCAAAGGAGCUCAACAUCUGGCAUCAUUAACAUUCAUCAUACCCCGAGAGUAUACCGAAACAUUAUCGGUGUUACAAGAUCAAGCACCUUUUAGAGGUAUGGGCGAUGUAAGCAAAGUAUUUGUUGAAGAAUUUGACGGAUUGAGACCAAAAGACUUGUAUGCCGAGUUCGAUGAGGUUCCAAUCGCAGCAGCAUCUUUAGCACAAGUGCAUAGAGCAAAAACCAAAGAUGGACAGGACGUGGCAGUGAAAGUCCAAUACCCUGACGUGUCUCGACUAUUUAAUGUUGAUAUUUGGACGAUGCAAUCAAUUUCCAAUUUGAUAUCGUAUUUUUUUCCAGAAUUCGAAUUGACUUGGAUCAUUACAGAGUUCAGAAAUAAUUUGAUCUCAGAGUUUGAUUUUCUAAAGGAAGCAAGAAAUGGAGAAUUGACCAAACAGCGAUUUAGACAUCGUAGUGAUGAACUAACUGUGCCGGAUAUUGUAUGGGAAUUGACAAGAAAAAGAGUACUCACAAUGGAAUACAUAGAAGGUGUUAAAGUAAAUAAUAGGGAAGGGUUAAAAUCAUUAGGGGUGAAUCCCAAGUGGGUGAGAGAUUUGUUGUUAGAGGUUUUUGCUGAGAUGAUAUUCUGUCAUGGCGUGGUGCAUUGUGAUCCACAUCCUGGGAAUGCUUUAGUAGCCAUUUCUCCAAAGACAAAGAAAGCUCAACUGGUGUUACUAGAUCAUGGAUUAUAUCGGGAAUUAUCGGAUGAUUUUCGUCGAACUUAUUGCGACCUGUGGAAAGCAUUGAUACUCAAUGACACCACAUUACUAGAGAAAACAGCCCAUCAGAUGGGUACACCAAAGUAUAUAAAAUUUUUACCGCUGAUAUUUACCCAAAGAAUUCCCGAUUCUUCUACACCUCUGGGUGAGGACAUGUCCCCCGAGGAAAAGGCAUUAGUGCAUGAACAACUGAAAAAAAUCACGUUAAAUGAUUUCUUUGAUUUUUUAGAAUCAUUACCUAGGGACAUGCUAUUAGUAUUGAGAACAAUUAAUCUAGUACGGGGCAUUCACAGAGAAUUAGGAGGAAAUUCUAUGGAAAGUUUUAAAACAAAUGCACGUUUUGCCGUACGUGGUGUGUGGUGUGAAACGCGUGAAGAGGAAAAGCAGAGGAUUGAGAAGGCAAAAAAUCGUUUUAGGGAGAAGAACGCUGGUAAUGUUAAUAGGUUGAAAGAAACUGAUGAAAUGUUGAUUGGACCACUGCAAAAAUG